CUAGAUUCAACCCUAAAAUGUCGUGUUUUCAGUGAAGAUAAAUGAAGUGGUGAAGCGCCGCCAUCUCUUUCAUACUUGGAAGUGUUUCUGAAGUCUUACCUGGCCUGGCCGAGGAGAUGGAGGUGACCGCAGCCAGCAGCAGGAGGAGCAGUCCAGAUGGUCCUCCAGGGGAAGCGUCCAGGAGAGGUUCCUCUCUUCAGUAUGUCCAGCCAGAGUGGGAUUGUCCUCAGGACUGAGAGCAAAGUGACAAAGCAGGAGGUCUGCCGAGGAGCCGGAGAAGGAGGGCCGAGGAGGUGAUGCGUGUUAUUGGGUAGCUGACUGUCGCCAUGACGACCUCCCUUCCAAGCGUCCUCAUCGCUGUGUACAUCAGUGACGUGGUCUGCCUCCAUCUUUAGACCACUUACCAGCGGAGGGAAAGAUUGAUUUUGGAAUACACAGCAUCGGUGGAGCGGCAGAAUGCAGCCUGGACAUCUGGUCAGCGAUCGGAGAUGCUGAGUCUAGAGGGAAUGCUGUGGAAGUAAGUCCAGAGUGCGAGCAGCGAAAUGCCUGUACAGCAGAUCACCGUGGUUCCUGUUAAAGAGACAGCUGGCAAGAGUUCCUCACGCUCCAAAGAAAAAAAUGAGGGGCACAGCAAAGCACCCGGACGCUCAGGGAGUCGGUCCAGUAACAUCUCCAAGGCGAGCAACUCCACAACAUCUCAAACAGCUUCCAGAACGUCUGUUGCUCCGUCCUCUCAGGAUAUAUGCAGUACGGUUCAGCUUCCAAGCUUAGAGGAAGAUGCCCCUGAAAUACAUGGUGAAGUCAAGAGCACUAAGGCGACUGCAGCAGCAGAAACAGCUCCGGCCUCCACCACUCAGACUCUGAAGAAGCAGGUGAAACGCAGACAUCGGCGGAAGCGAAGCGUCUGCACGCCCCUGGACUGUGUGGAGACGAACACCAAACCCGAACAGGACAGUCGAAGUGAGCGGAGUCAGAGCCUCAGUUCCGAGCGCAGUGAGAUCGUGGAGAAGCGGGAGCGGCCUUCCAAAAUCCGGAGGGAGCUCCCGCCUCGCCUGCGCUGCGCGGCUGGUCACGUCUCCGACUCCUCUUCUGAUGACACGUGCCAAGCGUCUCGCAGCUGGAGCAAAGAAAAGGCCCGGAGAGCCGGCCGCCGGCGCAGCAGCACCAAAGGCGCAGACGAGAUAACAGAGGUCAUGGAGCUGCAGUCAGUGGGCUCCGACGACGGGAAGGAGAACCAGCCGCUGGUGAAGGAUGAGGGCGGGCUGAAGAAGCGGCACAGCAGCAAGAGUUUGCUCAAGAGAACAGGCCACGCUUCACAGAAGGAAGACUCUCAGAGUCAAGACAAGGAGAAGAAAAGCAAGCGUGGCUCGUCUCGCAGCCUGUGCAGCAGCUCGUCCGCUGCAGCCGACGGCGAGGAGCUCAUCACCAAGACGUACCAGGAGAAGGGGACUGGAGGUGGAGACAUGUCGGUUCCUGUUCCGCAAGGACACUGUGUUGGGAACGGCGGCAUGACCCGCCUCUGCUCGGAUGACUCAGAGAUGGAAGUGUGUAGGAUCUGCCACUGUGAGGGGGACGACGAGUGCCCGUUGAUCAUGCCUUGUCGCUGCACCGGCAGCUUGAGUUUCGUGCACCAGGAUUGUCUGAACCAGUGGAUCAAGUCUUCGGAUACUCGCUGCUGUGAACUCUGCAAGUUUGACUUCAUAAUGGAGACCAAACUGAAGCCACUGCACAAGUGGGAGAAGCUACAAAUGACAACCAGCGAGAGGAGAAAGAUCUUUUGCUCGGUGAUGUUCCACCUGUUUGCGAUCGUGUGCGUGUUGUGGUCGAUCCUCAUUCUGUUCAGGAGAACCACUGAGGAAAUUAAACUAGGAAAGAACGAAAGUUUGUGGCGGGUUUCUCUCCUGAAGUACUACUCAGCUGAGGGGGUGCUGGAGUGGCCGUUCUGGACCAAGCUGAUCGUGGUGACCAUCGGUUUCGCCGGAGGCCUCAUCUUCAUGUACAUCCAGUGCAAGGUGUACCUGCAGCUCUGGCGCCGCCUAAAGGCCUUCAACCGCAUCAUCACGGUGCUCAACUGUCCGGAGAAGAACGUGCAGAACCCGGAACCUCGGCCCGGCAACAUGACCAACGGCAAGCUGGAGGCGCCUCAGGCCACCAACAGCUCGGCCCCCGCCGCCGCUCCAGAGACACACACGGACUCUGAUAUGUCGGUAGAGAGGGCGGUGGCACCGGUUCAGAGCCCGGUUUGACUGGAGUCCUGGUGCCACAUCUGAGAUUAGUGAUAUUUUUUUAUGUUUUUUUUCAGCUGCUGUUAAUGAGAAAAGGCUUGUGAAAGAAAGGAAGGAGAGAAAAGCUGCUAAGAGAAGAGAAGGUAGAUGAGGAUACUCUGAAGGUUAUGAAACGGUAAAUCCAUAAACCUUCACCUUUAACAUACUUCUAUCUGCAAAUCUGCCUCCUUAACCUUCGCCUGCGCGUAUUUGAUAUCCUUCACUAAAAUGUCUUAAAGGGCUGAUCAAUUCCUCAAAUUCAUCACUGAACAGUGCAGUUUAGGAUUGUACACGACUGAAGCGCCGUCCUCCAUCUGAACUCAUAACCGAUUUUCAUUCAAUAGACUUGGAUAUAAAUGAUAUAUUUUUACUUGAUAUAUACACAUAACUUUUUCAUGUAUUCUCUUUUAAACUGGAUGUCUGGAUGUUUUGCUUGACCUGUCUUCACUUGGUUCUGACUGUGACUUGCUCUCUUCCAAACACAAGUCUGCUGCUUAUCCUGAACCUGACUUGACCAUCUUAGCCAACACCUGCUGACUCAUAGAUGUUUUAAAACCACUUUAAUUCAGUUCCACGUCCAGCAGUGAUGUCCUAGCACACGCUCAUCCUGGUAUUUUACACUCGUGUUUUUCUAUUGUAACUGAGGGGUCAGCUGUUGUUUCACAUGAUAAAGUGUUAGAGUGACUGACUGCUACAGCUUCGACCACCCAGGUCCGUUCUUUAAAAGGAUUCAUUUGGAGUCGUAUCAUUCUCUAUAGUUUUUCAUUACUGUGUUGUUUACAGUUCAGUUGUAUCCAAUGGCACGUUCAGGCUGCAUUAUAAUAAAGGUAGAACCGCCGUCACAGUCCUGCUCCUGUCACGUUUCUUCUCUGAGGGAACAGCACAUCACACAGUCUGAUGGAUCCCUGCUGCCGAUUCAUUUUCUGCUUCAUUUUCAUUCAAGUUCAGUCGGUCAUCAGCACCGCCUCAUCCAUUUCCUCAUCCACAUCGUGGUCGUCAUCACCGCCGUCGCCUUUUGACUCCAGACCUUUGUUCGAAACCUUGCGGAGCUUUAUAUUGGGCAGCUUUUGAAGGUCGCCUGUCCACUCCCUGCCAAAAAAACAAAAUUAUGACAUGAUUCAUUGGCUUCACCACCAGGGGUCUAAACCUCAUACUGUUCAAUUUCAUGCCCAGUUUUGUCUAAUAUGAGGUGAUUAGAAAACUCUAGGAAAUUAACCUUCGAAACAGGUAGUUAGGAAUACUGGAGUACUGAAAAAUCAACCAAACGUUUCAGUCCCUCUUUAGGUGUGUAUUGGCGCCAUCUAGUGUCGUCUAGUAGUUGGCGACUUUAUAUGACAUCAACGCUAUACACUUACUUAGACUUUCUUUAUUGUCAUUGCACAAAAACAUAUCACUAUAUGAUGGCAACGAAAUUUAGGUCUGAGGCCUCCGGUUUCCAAAAACAAAACUAUACGUCCAAAAAUAAAUAAAUAGAUAGAUAAAUAAUAAUAAAAUAAUAAUAAUAAUAAUAGAUAAAUACUAGUCCAGAAGAUGUACAAAUAAACAGUAUUGCAGCUACUGUCUAACAUUCAGCAGCCUGACCAGUUCCUCUUCUCGCAAUAUAGUACACAUGAAAUUAUUUUGGACCUUAAACCCAUAGCAUUAGCAUGUAACAGAAGUCACAGUUGAGGAAGAAGACACGAUCACUUCAGCACCAGAAGAAGAGCCAUAUACAGUUGUCAUCAUUUUGGCCCUGUUCCACAAUGACUGAAACACAUUCAUAUAUAUCGAAUACUUCCCCUUCCCAUGGCACUUGACGUCUGGAAAGUAAACCCCAAAGAUAACCAAGGAACUACAACUCUUUAUUUCUCUGUUGACCGUGUGAGAGUAAAAACAUACUUUUUAGUCGAAUUAUCAUCAGGAUAUAAUGGAUAGUAAUAGUCCAUUAGGUCACAGGGUUUGAGAGUGUUUCACUGUAUUGUACUGGGUUUGCAUCGUUCACAUUCUCCUGUUUCCUGACCAAUACGGAUGGGCGAUAUGGACAAAAAAAGUUAUCGCGAUAAAUGUUAAUAAUAAUAAUAAUAAAUGUUGGCGAUAACGAUAAUUAUCAUGAUAAAUACAUUU